GUUUACCCUGGGGUGACUUCAGCCCUUUGAAGACACCACCUUGUCCCAGCCGCGCCGGUGCUCUGCCCGUGCGGCUCGGCAGGCAGCGCCGGGCGGGUGGAGGGGAGGAGGGCACGGCUAUAAAGCCGGCAGCGCUGACGCUGCUCCCCAUCCCGCCGGUGGAGCCGGAGGAGGCUGUGGGGAGAUGAGGACCGCGGUGCUGAGCCUGGGGCUGGCCCUGCUCUGCUACCUGCAUGCAGAGGCUGAGGAGCUCGGGGCUGCGGGGCUGGACAAGAGCGAGAUUGCAGGGAAAUGGCACAUCGUCGCUCUGGCCUCCGACUCCGAGAGCUACCUCCAAAAGAAGGACGAGCUGAAGAUGGCAAUGGCCACUAUCGCAAUCCUGGGGGAGGGUGACCUGAAGGUCUCCUUUGCUAUUCCCAGCCCAGGGGGAUGUAAGAAAAGAGAGUCAAUCUACAAGCCAACAGGCGUCCCGGGUGAAUACCACAGCUCUGACAGAGGCAAUAAAACGGUGCAGGUGGUGGAUACCGAUGGCAAGACGUACGCAGUGAUCUUUGCCUCCAGAGUGGAGGAUGGGAAGACCUUGCACAUGCUGAGGCUCUACAGCAGAACCCAGGAGGUGAGCCCCGAAAUCACAACGCUGUUCAAGACGAUUGCGAGGGAGAAGGGCUUCACCGAUGAGAUGAUCAAGAUGCUGCCCAGACAGGAGGAAUGCAGCGUCGAUGGAGCAUAGGAGGUAGUGGAUGCUUUUGUUGAGCAAUGCAAGACCCAUGGCCUGAUGCUCCAGCCUGCUGCUCUGCUAUCAUCUCCUGAGCUCAAUGGCCAAGGCUCUGAUACACCUCCUGCUCCUCCAGCAUAGAGACCCUGCUUGUUGCCAAAUAAACAGAAACUCAUCUUGGA